AAGGCACAAACGUCAUACCCUCACCCCACUGGUUUCGCAAAUAAUUACCAGCAGAACGCGAGAGCAGCUAUAAGAGUGAAGCCCUCCGACUAAAGAAGAACCGUCAUUUUUCAGUGCCAGGUAAUACACAAUCAAAAGCACAUCACUAACUCCGAUUCUUGAAGACAAAAUGGUGCAUGUACUUCCCUUCGACAAUAUUCAGGUUCCCUCACCAGGCUUCGGUGCCAUGGGUAUCAGCUUCGGCCUGGGAAGCAACCUUACUUUGGAACAAGCCGAACCUGUGCUGCUCAAAGCCAUUGCGCUAGGUUGCACGUUUUGGGAUACGGCAGUGGCAUAUCAAGCAGGUGUCAAUGAGAAGCUUCUAGGAGAUUUUAUCCGGAAACACAAUGUCCGCGACAAAAUUUUUAUUGCGUCAAAAUGCGGCUUCGAUGUCUUCGGUACCGGCAAGGUGACCAACUCUGCCGCUCACAUCAAAGAAUAUAUUGAGGGCACGAUCAAAAGGCUCGGUUUCGCCCCGGACCUCUACUAUCUUCACCGCAUUGAUCCCAACACCCCGCUUGAAGAGUCUAUUCCAGCUUUAGACGAGAUCCGAAAGGCUGGACAGACCAAGUACAUUGGUCUUUCGGAGUGCUCAGCAGCUACCUUGCGCCGGGCGAACUCGAUCGCUAAGAUUGAUGCUGUCCAAGCGGAGUACUCGGCCUUUGAGACUCUUCACGAGACAGACGGAUUGAUUGAUACGGCUCGAGAGCUGGGUGUGGCUUAUGUUGCCUACAGCCCUCUAGGGCAUGGAUGGCUCGUCGAUGACUUCCGGUACAAGACACCAGACGACUUUGCUCCGGAUGAUUUCCGCAGAUCAGUACCUAAAUUCCAAGGCGAGAACUUCUACAGAAAUAAGGCAAUUGUUGAGGAACUGAAGAAGCUUGCUGUAAAGAAGCGCUGCUCUACACCCCAGGUUGCCCUCGCGUGGGUUGCCGCUCAAGGCAUGAUCGCGAUUCCUGGUACGACUAAAGCCUCCAGACUGGAAGAGAACUGGGCGUCGAGAGACGUAGUGUUGUCGGAGGAAGAGCUCAAGGAGGUACGGGCCCUUGUAGACUCUGCGAAGCCUCAUGGAAACCGAUAUGCUCCUGCUCAGCAGGCCAUGGUGGGACAUUAAUUAACUACCCGAUUCCGGGCUUGGAAGGAAGGCUUCUUGAGGCACUGAACGAGCUGCGAGAUAUUAAAGGCGCCAUUGGGUUGACAGAGCCUUCAACUCCAGCACGUAUCGACGGUGGUGGGAUUCGUUUGGCUAGCUUAUCACAAUGAUGGUUCAAUCACCCAUUUCCUAGGUGGCUCGUAAUCCCAGUUCUCUUUUUCGUUUUCCUGAAAGGCGU